CUGUGAUUAUUACAAUCUUAUCGAAAUAUUUUCUAUAUAUACUAACUCCUGUGAUGGAGAACUUAUAGUCACUCUGUGGUCUACCAAACUAACCAAACCUAACCAUGUUGCAGAUGAAGAGCGCAGUGGUGUUAGCAGUCCUGGCAGCGCUGGCAGUGAGCAGCGCGGCGGCUGCAGCUGAGCGCGCCGCCAGAGUCGACCUGAACCACGGCUACGCCAGGCCUGACGACAUCCUGCUGUACAGUAACACCGUGCUGCGGGCUCCUGUCGCGAAUGAGGUACAAUCCGAGGACAUCGCCUACAGUGGCAGCGCUCGCAUCACCGCAAUUAGAGCGUCAGAGGUCGGACAGACACAGUGGGCUAUCCCUUCCGUGAGGUCAGGAGGCGUUGGACGGAACUUCGCGACCGUCAGGCUCACGUCUGCCAGGGGCUUCGGCUACCACUACUCCAUCGAGAUCUGGGGACGAUAAGCCUAAAGUUUUGUCACCACAUUUGAUACCUUUUGACAGACGAGCUUUUUGAAUAUAACGGAAACCUUGAUGUAUAGAAUAAACUGCUGACAUUGAA